AUGGUGCUCUGGGGUCUCAUGCUUGGAGCCCUGCUGGUGUUCACCGUGGGGUUCCUGUGUCUGCUGGGGCUGCCCCGGCAACGCAGGCCCCAGGAGCCCCCUCUGGAUAAAGGCCCUAUACCCUGGCUGGGCCAUGCCAUGGCUUUCCGGAAUAAUAUGUUUGAAUUCCUGAAGCACAUGUGGGCCAAGCAUGGAGAUGUGUUCACAGUGCAGCUAGGCGGCCAGUACUUUACCUUUGUCAUGGACCCCCUCUCCUUUGGCCCCAUCCUCAAAGACGCACAGAGAAAACUAGACUUUGUGGAGUAUGCGGAAAAACUGGUGCUAAAGGUAUUUGGGUACCAGUCAAUGCAAGGAGACUACCGGAUGAUACACUCAGCCAGUACCAAAUACCUCAUGGGGGACGGCUUGGCAGAGCUCAACAAAAGCAUGCUGCACGGGCUGUCCCUGGUCAUGCUGGGGCCCAUGAGCCAGAGUCCAGAUGCUAGUUGCUGGCGUGAAGACGGCCUCUUCCACUUCUGCUACAACAUCUUGUUCAGGGCUGGCUACCUGAGCUUAUUCGGCUAUACAAAGGACCAGGAGCAGGACCUGCGACAGUCCGAGGAGUUGUUUGUCCAGUUCCGCAAGUUUGACCGCUUGUUCCCCAGGUUUGUUUAUUCCUUACUGGGGCCCCGGGAGUGGCUAGAAGUGGGCCGGCUCCAGCGUCUCUUCUACAAGGCGCUGUCCGUGCAGCAAAACUUGGAAAAGAAUGGCAUCAGCAGCUGGAUAUCCUACAUGCUUCAGUAUCUGAGGGAGCAGGGAAUAGCCCCAGCCAUGCAGGACAAGUUCAACUUCAUGAUGCUCUGGGCCUCCCAGGGGAACACGGGCCCGAUCUCUUUCUGGGCACUCUUGUUCCUGCUAAAGCACCCAGAAGCCAUGCAGGCUGUGAAGGAGGAGGCCACCCAAGUCCUGGGGGAGGCCAAGCUGAAGGCCAGGCAGUCCUUCGACUUUGACGUCAGCAUCCUGCACCGCACUCCAGUGCUGGACAGCGUGAUGGAGGAGACGCUGCGGCUGGGGGCUGCGCCCACCCUCCUGAGGGUGGUACAAGGUGACCACGUCCUGAAGAUGGCCAACGGACAAGAGUACCAGCUCCGAAGUGGAGACACCGUGGCCCUUUUCCCCUAUCUUUCAGUGCACAUGGAUCCUGACAUCCACCCAGAGCCCACUGCCUUCAAGUAUGAUCGCUUCCUCGACUCCAAUGGUAGCCGCAAAGUGGACUUCUACAAGGCCGGCAAGAAGAUCCACCACUAUACCAUGCCUUGGGGCUCAGGUGUCUCCAUCUGCCCUGGAAGGUUCUUGGCCAUCAAUGAGAUGAAGCUCUUUGUCCUGCUCAUGGUCAUGUACUUUGACAUGGAGCUCGUGGACCCUGACACACCUGUGCCACCUGUGGAACCCCGCCGCUGGGGCUUUGGCACCAUGCAGCCCAGCCACGAGGUGCACUUCCGUUACCGCCUGCGACCUAUCGACUGA